GCAAAAGUUUUUCUUCCGUUUUCUCUUUUCUUCCUUUCGGUCUUUCCCCAACAAACAAAACCAGAAACGUGAGACCAUAAGAACAUAACAAACACGCCGCCCGAGUUUCUCCUUCUGUCCUCUGUUUCGUCCUUUAAUCUCCUUGAAACUUUUCCCUCUCAUGGCAUCUCUCGUCUCUACGUUUCAGGUUAGGUUUAAAGUAUGGUGAAUGGGGAUGAUGAGGAAUGACUGAGCGGAAUUUCUAGCCUCUAAUUGCAUGCACUAUAAGACUCUUAUCUUUAACUUUUUGUGAAAAUUUGUCUUUCCCCCUUUAAUAAAAAGAGUUACUUGAUAUCAUGGGUUAUCUGAAUUCAGUGUUGUCCUCAAUUGGAACUCUGGUUGAUGAAGCCCCGGUCUCUGGUGGGGGUCUGAGUCAGAAUGGAAAAUUCAGCUAUGGAUAUGCAAGUUCUCCUGGAAAAAGGUCUUCAAUGGAAGACUUUUACGAGACCAGAAUUGAUGGUGUUGACGGGGAGAUAGUUGGACUGUUCGGAGUAUUUGAUGGUCAUGGGGGUGCUCGAGCUGCAGAAUACGUUAAACAAAACCUCUUUAGUAAUUUGAUCAGGCAUCCAAAGUUCAUCUCUGAUACCAAGUCAGCUAUAGCUGAUGCCUACAAUCAUACAGACUCAGAAUUUCUCAAAUCAGAAAAUAAUCAGAAUAGAGAUGCUGGCUCAACAGCUUCCACUGCUGUUCUGGUUGGUGAUCGUUUGUUAGUUGCAAAUGUUGGUGACUCCAGAGCUGUUGUUUGUAGGGGUGGAAAUGCCAUAGCUGUGUCACGAGAUCACAAGCCAGAUCAAACUGAUGAACGGCAGCGGAUUGAAGAUGCUGGAGGAUUUGUGAUGUGGGCUGGCACUUGGAGAGUGGGCGGUGUUCUUGCUGUCUCUAGGGCAUUCGGUGAUAGGCUCUUGAAGCAGUAUGUUGUUGCUGACCCUGAAAUUCAGGAAGAAGCAAUUGACAGUUCCCUUGAAUUUCUUAUUCUUGCAAGUGAUGGACUGUGGGAUGUCGUCACAAAUGAGGAGGCUGUUUCUAUGAUCAAGUCCAUAGAGGAUCCGGAAGAGGCUGCCAAAAGGCUGAUGCAGGAAGCAUACCAGAGAGGAAGUGCAGAUAACAUUACUUGUGUUGUUGUCCGUUUCUUGUCAAAUUGGAGGGAACCUGCUCAUAUCGAUCAAAGAAAAGGGGGACCUGCUAAUAGCAGCUCUGGGUAAACCAACAUCAAAGUUUACACGUUAGAAGACAAAGGAACCUCUCUGGUUGAGAACGUGGUUUCAUUUUUUUAAGCCACUUGUGUUGUGUAACACAGUUUACAGUAACACAAGUGGUGGUGUGUGAAUCUGUAAAGACAAUUUUCUGUUUACACAUCUAAAUUUUACUGUAAGUAAUAACUUGCUGUAACUCAUAAUAAUGAUAGCCUUCUACUAGCUCAGGAUCAUGGAGUUUUGUGCUACCAUCUGAAGCCUAUGAUUCUAAAUAGAUCAUGUGGGGGUGUUGAUGCCCUCUUGAACUUGA